AUGAUUGGAGCCAUAUUUUUGGUUUCCGUCACAUUUUCCUAUGCUCUCUCUGUUGGAUUAUUGGCCAUCUUCACCGGUCUAGCCAUGAGCAAGCAAUCAUGCCAAGCACUGUUUGGGACCAAUUCUCCUCUCAUGAAAUAUGGCUUAUCGGUCGAGAUCAUUAGUUCAUUAAUAACAGAGUAUUCCUUACAUCUGAUGACACUCAAAACUGCAGUAUUGCUCUCAAUUCGAUACCUUGGGUUUUCUCUGAAUAUCCUUUGGUUAAUCCAACUAUUCGAUUGUGGAACCAUCCUUGGGCUCAUGUUCUUGUUCUAUGAAGGGUUUGUGGAGGAAGCUGUUGCGCAUGGUGAGAUCGGGAAAUUAGUUGGUAAAAAUAUCAACCCUUACCUGGCCUUCACAAGUGCCAACUACAUGAACAAACUUAUAAAUCCCUUGUGGACAUCAUCAGACACUAUGGUUUAUCCUUCAAUUACCUAUGCUACCAAUGAAGAGUUGAGGGAAGCCUUUAACAUAUCUCAGGACUUUAAAGAGGCCAGCAAGAUGGUGUUGGAUAUCUAUACUCGCCGAGAAAAGAGAAUUGAACUUUAUCCUGUUCUGAUCAGCUUGCAUGGUAUUGGCUGGCAGCAUGAAACAAAGGAUCUCUUCCUUCCACAUGAAAAGGAUCUUGUUGUCGUUGUGAAUGUUGGCUAUCGAACUUCUUCAAAGGCAACCUAUUCUCAUCAGUUACAAGAUGUCAAGCGUGCCAUUCGAUGGAUAAAAGAAUCAAUUCAUUUAUUUGGUGGUGACCAAAACUCGAUUAUAAUCCAAGGCGACUCUACUGGUGUCCAUCUAGCAGCCUUGGUUGCAUUAACAGCAAAUGAUCCAAGAUAUCAACCAGGAUUUGAGAGCCUUGAUACUUCAGUCAAGGGUGUAAUCUGCCUUAAUGGUGUACUGGAUCUUCAGAGCAAUUCCAACCUUGCAAGCAGGUUCAUGAACAACACUUUGGGUGUAAAAGUACCCAGCCCAGAGUUUGCCACGGAGCAUAACCCAAUUGAAGUCAUCAAAUCAGCCAAGGAAGCUAACAAUCUAGCAAAAUUUCUGAUUGUGAACUGUGGGCGCGAUACACUUGUUAACACCUCCGUUUGUCAAAACUUCAAACAAGAAUACGAUUCUGUGUCCAGAACGGACAUUGAGAAAGACGAAUGCUCUAUAAUAACUCUGCCGAACUCUCGUCAUAUAUUUUACUCUGGUUGGUCUCCUCGCUCUAUUAACCUUUCAAAUGUGGUACAGACAUGGUGCAAGCAAUUUACAUUAAACUCUUAA